UAGUGCAUACUAAAUUACUACAAUAAUUAUUAAAGAAAUUUUGUCUUUAUGUAUUAAGAAAUAUAUUAUUAUGUGACCAUUUAAGUAUUUUUAGAUUAAAACAGUUGUAAAAUGUGCCAAAUCGUAACAAUGUAAUAAACUUUAUCUGUGAUAUAUUAUCGUUAAACAAUGCACAAAGCUGAUGCUGAUAUUCCCCCCGGAGUACGAAAAAGGUUGUCACAUCUAUUUGGAUUAAUUGAAAAAGAAUUUGAGACGGUAUGUCAGGAAAACGUUGUUUUACAAGAAAAAGUGGAGUCUCUCACCGAGAAGGUCAACGACAAACUUUUGUCGACCGAACAGUUCCAACUAAAUUCCAAACAGAAACCUCCUACGGGGCAGAAACUGAAAACUGCUGAAAAACUUAAAGCACAAACUAGCAAAAUAGUAUCGAGUUUUAAAAGCCCGUCAGCAGCCAAUUGUCAAUUUGUUAAAGAAUAUUGUGGACAUAGAGAUGGUUUAUGGGACGUUAGCUUGCCGCGAACCGGCCAACCGGUGAUUGGAACCUGUUCGGCGGACCAUACUGCUAGAAUAUGGAGUAUCGAGACAGGAAUGCCGCUUUUGCAAUAUACUGGUCACUCUGGAUCUAUUAAUUCAAUUCGAUUUCAUCCAUCCAAAGACUUGGCGCUCACGUCUAGUGGCGAUCAAACGACUCAAAUAUGGCAAGCUGCGGUCAAUCUUGACAAUUUAGGAGAUAGAGAAUCUGACGAUACAGAAACAGAAGACGAUCGCGUAGUUCCCGUGCUGCGUACACCAUCUUGCACAUUUUUAGGACAUAAUGGGCCUGUAAUGGCGGGAGAUUGGCUUCCUGGUGGUGAUCAAAUAAUAACAGCAUCGUGGGAUAGAACUGCUAAUCUGUAUGACGUCGAAACUAGUGAAGUAAUAAAUACCCUUACCGGACACGACGAAGAAUUGACUUAUGCAUCAUCACAUCAUUCCCAAAAAUUAGUUGUGACUGCGUCGAGGGAUACUACGUUCAGAUUGUGGGAUUUCCGUGAAUCUAUACAUUCUGUUUCUGUUUUUCAAGGUCAUACAGACACGGUGACGUGUGCUGUAUUCACAUCGGCCGGUCUUGGAGGAGAGGAUAAAUUGGUAUCUGGGUCAGACGAUCGAAGUGUCAAAGUGUGGGAAUUGCGUAAUAUGAGAUCUCCGAUAAUUACCAUAAGAGCUGACUCUGGCGUCAACCGUUUUGCAAUCGCCUCCAGCGGAGUGAUCGCAAUACCGCACGAUAAUCGUCAAGUAAUGUUGUAUGAUAUGACUGGACAACGAAUAACUAGAAUACCUAGAACAGCCAGAAAUAGACACCGCCGAAUAGUGACUGCUGUGGCUUGGAGCGAAGAGAAUUCAUUUGCAAAUCUGUUUUCGUGUGGAUUUGAUAGGUUAGCGUUAGGAUGGUCUGUUCAAUUGAGUAAGGACUGUUAAUUAAUUUACCAAUUUAUAAUUAUUUUUUCUAUUACUUCAAUGUUACGUCCAAAAAACUCCUUCUUUUGAAUCUAGACUCUCAUUUAAGUUAUUCUUCCUAUUUCUGUAUCCUAUAUUUUAUGGUUUAGUGUGUUUGUUGUAAAUUCAUAACAUGUGUUCUUGUUUCUUUCUAUGAAUCUCAAAAUACGUCGUUAAGUCAUAUACAUAGUGGGUUUGUUUUUAAUAAAAAGAAUGUAAAUUAUUAAUUUAUUAAAAAAUAAUUAUAUUUAUACAUGUAUUAAUUUCAC